UAACGUUUAUUUUUAUUUUUGAUUAAAAAAUUAAAAUGCCGUGUGAUUAUUAUUUCAAGAAAUGGAAAACUACUCUUAUAAAUUUGACCACUGUAGUAGAACUAGACCUUGAAUACCAGGAAACAAAAAUCCACGAUAAGCAAAUCUGUGAUGCAGUCCAACGGUUAGCUGGAAUGCUCGGAAGUUAUAUAUCAUGCUAUAAUGAUGCAUUGGACUGCUUGCAACAUAAUUUACAGGUUCAGAAGACUGAGUACAUUGCUGAUGUGUUGGAGAAAAUUGUAACUAGAAUUCUUGAACUCAAACAUCAACUGACGAAACUUGAAGGCACCCAAAUUCAGUUUUUAUCUAAUGGACUGACUGAAAGAAAGUUAACGCCUUUUGAUACUGAGUUUCUAAAUGUUCCUUCAAAAUAUGAAAGGCCUGAAAUCAUUAAAUUGACAAUAGAAGCGGCUUUCCAUGGAGUUGAAAAAAUAAAAAAAGCUGAAGCAGAAAGUCUUGAUAAUUCAAAAUGUGAUAAAAUUCCUCGAGAUGGCUUAUCAGAAAAUGUUAAUUGGUGGGAUAAUAAUGUGACAAUUAAUGUAAAUGAGCAUAAAGGAAUUAAUAUCACCGAAGUCUAUAAAGUGGAAGAAAAGAUAUCAGAAGAAACAUUAAAAAGAAGAGAAAUAAUAGCUCUGAUACAAGCCCAUGAAAGAAAUAGACAAGUGGUACGAGUAAUAACACAUCAAAAGCAGAAAAGAAAAAUAUGGGAGAAAGAGCUGAAAGGUAUCUUAAACCCUCAAGCGCCAUUGGCUUUAAGAGAGAGAAGUGCAAAACUGAUACAAAGGGUUUUGAGAUAUUAUUUUGAAGUAAAGAGAAAGAAAAUUCAAGAUUGUAGACGAGAUGAACUGUUGCAAUUAAGUAAUUGCGUCAAACUCAAAACCGAUCAGUCUCAGAUAGAUAAAGAGGCGGACCUAAAAUAUUAUAAAUUAUAUAAGAAGUACGAAAAACAGAGGGAACUUGAUUGCUUUCAAUAUAAAGAAGACUAUUUAAAUAAGAAUCGUGAUGAUAUAGCUGAGGAAUUCCGAGAUCAUAUCAGGGAAUGGUUUCAGAAAUGGUACAGUGAAGCUAAAUUCUUUUACGACAUACCUAAAGAAAAUCAAGGUGGACCUGCUUUGAUAUUCAAAGAAGAAUUACCAACACCUCUAGAAUGGCUAGACGAUUAUAAGGCAUAUUUAGAAAUAAAAAAAGCUAAUAAAAACAAGACAGCUUUACAGUUAAAAUGGGAAAAAGAAGAAGGGAAAGAAGAGGAAAUGAUGCUAAAAAGAGAAGAAUUGAAAAAAAAGAAAUUGGAAGCAGUUCUGCUCAAGAAGAUGAUGAAAAAUCCAACAUUACAUCCGGGAUAUCAUUAUCCUAUUUCAAAAAAAACUAAUAGCAUACUUAAGGCAAUUCAAAAUUAUUAUGAUAAUUGGUCUGAAAUUGAUAACGGAGAAGCUAACGAAGCAAAACAAAAAUGCGUCCAGAAAAUAGAUGAGGAAUAUUUGUGUAUGGAAGCUAAAUUAGAAAUUUGUAACUCAAUUAUUAAUGACAUGAUAGAAGAAUUUAAAUUAUUAAAAAAAUCUUUAAAACAAGAAUAUGAAAAAAACGGCGAACAAAUUCCAAAUCCAAAAAAAGAAAAAAUGAAACUUAAAAAGAAAGAAAGAAAAGUUAAAGAGAAAAUCAGAGAUGAUCUGCAAGAUAUAUUAACUGAUCUCGCUAUUAGAGGAUACUUAAAAGAAUACCCGAAAAUGAAUUUUGAAAAUUUCAUUGGUGACGUAAGCUACGCUGGUGCCGAUUUAAGAUGUAAACUAAUAUCCACUGUACCUUUUGCUGGGGAAAUACGAGCCGUAUGGUGGGAAAGGUGCCGAGAAGUGAUCCAUGGCUUUAGGCGAAUAUUGGUGGUGGGACCACGGGAAAGUGGAAAGACAACUUUGGUCCAUAUCAUGGCUACUGUUAAUGACGCCACACUCUACGAGUUGGAUCCAUUUAAAAUUGAAGUUGAAAACACAAAGUUAGAUUAUUUGCAGAAAUUAAUCGAUUCUAUAGUAACGUGUGCAAAGACCACGCAACCUUCAGUCAUAUAUAUUAGACAUAUUGAACGCCUUUUUUACACUAAGGUACCACCAGAAGAAAUAUAUAAAAAUUUUGGUCUUAUAAAAAAAUUCUUCAUUAAGAAAUUAUUUAAAAAGAUUAAUAAACAAGAUAACAUCACUAUAAUAGUGCAUCUUAUUCUAAGAAAUUGGUCACUCAAUAAUCGUAUAGUGCCACAUAAUUUCGAUAUUCAAAGUUUAGCACACGCCCUCCGAGGAUACCCGUUUGGUUAUAUCGUAAAAAAGUUAGACAACUUUCUGACAGCUGAGCGAAUCGUGCAUAUAGCGGCUUUCGGAUUAAAUUCAAGAGAAAUUUAUAACUUCUUUUUGGAAGAUGGAAAUGAUUCUUUGAUAAAUUACGAAAAAUACUUGAAGUGGUAUACGAGCAAAACUCACUGGGGUCAAUUAGAACAGAAAUGUUUGGAAGAGCGAAGAGAAUUCCAAAUCAUUGUACAGAAGUGGAAGGAAAAAAUGUUAAAAAAGGAG